AUGACUGAGGGUAUCACCAACGGAGUAGGCGCCGUUCUACAGUCAAACAGCGUAGUGGUCAUCGCUGGGGCAACGUUCCUGGCAUUGAUUCUGUAUCGUUUCAUCUACCAACCUCUAUACGCAAACCCUCUCGGACAGAUUCCAGGUUCAAAGCUAUUUUCAGCAACUAAAUGGCGGCUUGCACUUGCUGACUAUCACGGUGUCCGGACGCAAACAAUUCACUCGUUGCAUCAACAAUACGGUACCGCAGUACGCAUUGGCCCAAAUGAAGUAUCCUUCUCCUCUCUAAGUGCGUUGAGAACGAUCUAUGGCGCUGGAUCCGGCUUCGAAAGAACAGUCUUCUAUCGAAUGUUCGAUGCCUAUGGGCGCCAGAAUCUCUUUACCUUUGCUGGCACUAAACAGCACGCCGAGAGGAAGAAACUACUUGCCCAUGCCUACUCAAAGAGUGUGAUACUUUCGCCUAACGCGAUAGCAAGACCAUUGAUAGAGAAGAAUGUGAAGAGCUACCUCGAGCUUCUGGAACGUGAAAAAGAUGUGGCCGAGGAGAUAUUCCAGAGCCUACAUUGGUUCAGCUUGGACAGCAUCACCGGGUUCCUCUACGGAGAAAAAUAUGGGGGAACACAUGCAGUCACUGGCAAUGACGACCACAGAAAACUCAUUGGUGAUAUUAUUGAUCCCAGCCGACGAAAGCUGAGCUGGUAUGCUACACAUUUGAAGAGCUACACAAAGUGGCUUUAUAAUCGAACUGGAAUGAUGGAGAGACUUGUCACCAGUCUCGGAUUAUUGCCGAUGGAAAAGCCGGCCACGUACACUGGAAUUCGAGCCCACGCACUCCAGUCCUGGACAGAUUUUGAGGCCGCCGUCAAUGAAAAACCACCAUCUCAGGAUUUUGCCAUUAUCGAAAAGCUUUGGAAACAGAGCAAGCUAGGUAAAGGAAGUCGUCUUGACGGCCUUGAUAUGGCUUCCGAGCUGGCAGAUCAUUUCCUCGCCGGCAUAGACACCACAAGCGAUACACUGAUGUUCACGAUUUGGGCCAUCUCUCGCGAAGAAAAUCGAGAGUAUCAAAAGAAAUUGAUCGAGGAGGUUGAUCAAAUUUCUAAGAUGGAUUGCAAUGAUGACGGCAACCCGACUGCGGAAGCCGUGGACAAACUUCCAUAUCUUGAUGCUAUCAUAAAGGAGACCCUUAGGCUCUAUGCUCCUUUGCCAGCCUCGGAGCCGCGGUCACUACCAGUUGAUACAACUAUUGACGGAUACUUGAUUCCCGCUGGAACAGUUGUGAGCAUGUCGCCAUAUACACUUCAUCGAAACCCAGAAGUGUUUCCAGACCCCCUGAAGUUCAAGCCCGAGCGGUGGUUAGGCCAGUGUGGUGAUUUAACGGAGAUGAAGAAAUGGUUCUGGGCAUUUUCCAGUGGAGGCCGGAUGUGUAUUGGCCUGCAUCUUGCUAUGGCAGAGAUGACGACAUUGCUUGCAGCUAUCUAUAGGCGGUAUUCGACCAGUGAGUAUGAGCGGCAAAGAGGAACCGGUCCAGUCAUCACAAGCCGAUUUGAAGUAUUCUACGACGAGACUCUUCCAAAAGCUGAGGAACAUGAGUGUUUUAUCAAAUUUGAGAAACGGCACAGCGCGAAAACGACAUAG